AUGGCUGAUGAUAUAUCACCAAUUUCUAUUCCACAAAAUUCUGUUGAAAUUAUCGAUGUUUAUGAAGAGGUCUUUCUCUUAUAUACUGAAGGAAUUCCUUCAGAAUGGCAGCAUAAGCAAAUUAUAUCUCAGAAAGAGGUUUAUGUUGAUGUUAUGAUCGAUGAUCGAUUGAUAAUAAAAAUUGCACAAAACCAAUCACUCCUUGCUGCACGUGGUGCAACAGGAACGGUUCUUUGGAAUCCAAGUAUCAUGCUUUCAAAAUUUAUGUUCAACCAUCGAAAAUGGUUGAACCUUUCACCUGAUAAAACUAAAGUCUUGGAGUUAGGUUCUGGAUGUGGUUUAACUGGUAUUUCGCUAGCUACUUCAUUGGUAAAGCUUAUGGCAUUAACAGAUCAGGCAACAGUAUUACCCCAUUUGUGGAAAAAUGUUAAACGAAAUUUGAAUGAUGAUCUGAUUUUAUCAAAGGUUUUAGUUAUUGAAUUGAAUUGGGGUGAAGAAAUUGAUAAAAAUAUUUUGUCGGAACAUUGGGAUUAUGUGAUUGCAAGUGAUUGUAUUUACAAUGAGUUCAUUGUUAAUUCAUUUGUUGAAACUUUGGUAAAGUUAUGUAAUUAUAACAGGCUUAUAAAAAUUAAUGAAGGUGGUCAAGAUGUUGAUGAAAUGAUUAAGAUGACAAAACCUACAAUAGCUAUCAUUUCUUUGGAAUUGAGAUCUGAUAUUGUUCACCUCGAAUUUCUUAAUGAAAUGAAACGUAAGAAUUUUAUAAUGUGGCGACUACCAAAUUCUAUGUUAGGAUCUGACUUCGAGAAGGGUUAUGUUAUAUAUAUUGCUUGGAUUAGGGACGGUUCCGGUUCGUGA